UAUCAAAACUCGAAUGGAUGAGUCUCAUUUCCAUGUGUCAUAUCCUCAAUCUACAUAAAAUUUUGUCAUCUUUUUCCACAGAAGGCCAUUCACCCGUUGCCAUGGAACUGAACUGUGGAAAAGGAUAAGGACCAAACUCAAAAGAGAGUUCUAAACAAAAAAUGAGUUGCUCAUUCAGCCUCCAUGUUCCCAAAGCUCUUCCUUCCCUUCCCACUUCUCUGAUCUUUAUUGCUUCCAAACACAAAUCAUCCCACAAAAACACUAGUCCUUCCCAAUCACUACAUACAAUAACAUGUAGCAGCCAGAAGCCAAAUGAUUAUUUCAGUCUGAAGAAACCAAGUUUGGCACUGCACAUAGGAGCAGUACUCUUGGCCAUUGCUGAGCAGCCAGCAUUAGCAGUCACUGGAGAGAAUAACCCACCAGAACUUACUGGGCUUUUGAUACAGUUGGGGAUUGUUCUCUUUAUCUACUUCCUUGUCGUCCCACCAAUAAUCAUGAUCUGGUUUUGGAAAAGAUGGUACAGAAGAAAGUUUCUGGAGAUGUAUUUGCAAUUCAUGUUUGCCUUCAUUUUCUUUCCAGCGAUUAUUCUUUGGGCUCCAUUUCUAAACUUCAGGAAGUUCCCACGGGAUCCAUCCAUGAAAUACCCUUGGUCUAUACCCGAAGAUCCUUCUAAAAUUAGAAAUGCAUACUCAAAGUACCCAUUUGCCAAACCUGAAGAUUAUGAUAAUUUAUGAGAUUGCGACCAAAACGGAACAAAUCAGAAGUUCGAUUGUAAUCCUAAGAGUACAGUUCUCCAAACUACAUUGUUGUGAAUGUAAUAUUAUACAUUUUUCUGCUUUUGAUUACAAACUGUAUCGAAUGUGAUUCAGAUACAAAAUUUUACGGUAACACUUCA